AUGGGCCAGUGUGGCUGCAGCAGAAGUGAUGCAGCACCGAUACGGAGGAGCUUAAGAAAAGAAGACAAUGUUGAGUCGGCUUUGCUGAACGAGUCGCGGCGCUUUAUCCUAGAGCGUACCAAAGCCAAGCGUGGGCCACAAGGAGUGGAGCUCGGCUGGUUGAACUUCAUGGUUCAGAAGCUUUGGCCAAAGCUGAGCAAGGCUUGUACUGCAAUUAUCAAGGAGGAGCUUCAGCCCAAACUGCAGGCUGCUGUGCCUGCAGUUCUGAGUGGGAUCUACUUCAAGAAGCUAGACUUCGGAAAUCAGCAUCCCUUGCUGGGCCCGGUGGGUGUCGCCCAUGGGAAGCAGAACCAAUACGAUGGACUGGAGCUCGACGUGAAACUUCUUUGGAAGUGCAACGCCGAGGUAGUGCUCGAAGUCCAGGGAAUUGAAAUCGGUCUGGAAAAGAUACGAAUCGAUGGGACGGUUCGAUUGCAGCUGCGGCCUUUACUGCACCACUUCCCGAGCAUGGGAGGGCUGCAGAUCACUAUGAUGUCUCCGCCGAAUUUGAACUGGAACUUCCGUGGCCUCUUGGGGGCCUUGCAGCUUGACGUGCUCUCGCGGGUGAUGCGCCAGGUUGUCGCGGACCAGAUAUCCGAGCUACUGGUGGUCCCAAACUUGCUAUUCGUCCACUGGAUGGACUCCUCUGCCGACGUAGACCUGGAAGUGCUCCAAUUCCCCCAUCCCGAGUGCAUCGUCCGCCUCUGUGUGAGAGAGGCCCGAAACUUGAGAGGUUCCGACUGGAACUAUUUCGGUUUCAAGGGCACCUCGGAUCCCUAUGUGUCGGUGCAUUUGGGCUCGCGUCUCUGGCACACUCCCAAGAAGACACGGACACGGAACCCAAAGUGGGGUGACGCAGGCUGCGAAGACUUCUUCGUGUACACGCCAAGCCAGUUCGUGAAGGUCGAUGUCUAUGAUGCAGACAUCGGGCCAGGCACAGAUGACCAUCUUGGCCACGUCGCCGGGCUCAAAGUCGAGGACCUGCUGAAUUCUCCAAGCCAGUGGUGGCCUCUGUCCACACGCAAAGUGAGAGAUGCGCAGCCAGAGCCAGGCACCGCUUCCCAGGACACCUCGCAGGAUCACUCGCAUCCGCAUGGGGAGGUUUACAUCCAAGCUCGGUUCUAUGAUCUCAGGACACAUCGACAAGACGUUCCAAAGCCUAUGGGAAAAGCAGAUGCGGAAGCUUUCGUGUUUAUCGAUUUGCGGAGCUUGCGUGGUUUGCAGCAGAAGCAGGCGCAAGGAGCCACCAUCACCUUCAAGCUCGAAGGGAACACUCAUAAGAGCAGAGGUGCCACGUACAAGGCGACCACCUACGGCUCUGCGCUGACUGCCUCCGCCCAAAGACUUGUGGAACACCUGCAAAAUUCCCAGGGCAAGUCCAUUGAGGAAAUCAUGAAGAUAUCUGGACUCAGCAAGGAGCAGGUUGCGUCAGUGGUGCAAGCUCGACCGUCUUUCACAACGCGGUGGCACCAACCUUUCUCUUUCCCCAUUCGGGAUCUGGACAACGCGCAGUUGGAGAUCUCGCUUGGAAUACGGCGUCCAAAUCAGAAGUCCCUCGCGCAGCUGAAGAGUCCCAUCUGUCUUAAGGAUCUGGUGGACAGUGGCAAGUGGCAACUGGACAAAGCCUUGGUCCUUGAUCCGGAUGGGAAGGAAGGCACCAGCGUGGUGCUCGAAACUCUGGAGCUCAGCCUGCGGAUAACGUUGCGGAGCUUGACCUCUCCUCUCAUGAAGAAUCCCGACUGGCCGGAUGGGGAGGCCAGAGCUCCGGCGGGCUGGGAUUCCAUGGACCUCAAAGAGGUCGUCCUGCGGGAGGAGCAUCUCAGACUGACGGUCCAAGCUCACAUAGAGACUGCAUGUUGCACGGAACAUGCUUUGGCAUCGCAACUUUCUGAGAUGAAGAUGCUCCUCGGACGACUCGCCGCUGCCAGGAGGAUUGGAGUCUCCGCUGCGACGCCCUUCGCCAAGUUCAACGCACGAACCUUCGCUGCGCAGGUCUCAUCUCCGCGUCCGCUGUCCAUCCGUGGAGAUGGCCUGGUCUUGCAGUGCAUCACUGCGGCGCUGAUCUACUUCGUGCCUCAAGAUGCGGUGUUCCUGGGUGGCCUCUUCUAUCUGUGGCACAACACUGCUGCAUCCAUCAGCCCGAAGGUCCCGAAAGCCGACGCCGAUGCUGCAGUGGAAGAGUUCAAGGCCAAGAAGGGGAUCGAGAACGUCAAGGUCUCGAAGGGACGUAGCACCUGGACCGCAGCAGCAAAGUCUUCCCUUGCGAAAGCAGCAAACUGGAAGGAUGAGGCCUUGCAGCAUUUGUCCAUGAUCGAGAAGCAUCGCCGUGAGGAGGCGUCCUUCCAUCUUGGUCGCCCUGUAGCCGGCUUCGGAGCUUCCUUGUUUGAUCUCGCCACAGGGACAAGCAGCAAUGCACAGGCCACAGUUCAACAAGCGCCAGAGCUUGAUUUUCAGGCUGAAGACUCCUCUGCGCUGGGCCAAGCAACAGACGACAAGUGUUUGGCGGAGCUGCGCAGUGAGCAUGCUCAUGCAGAGCGCAGAGUUGCGAGAGAGUUCGAGGAGUGUGAUGCAGCUCUGUUGGUGCGCUCCAAAGCCGCAGAGGAACUACUCGCCGCUGCAGAAAAGGAAAAGAGUUUAACGCGCAUGUGUGCGUUGCAUGGGCUGCGUGGGGAAGCACUGGAGGCUCGCCUUCAUGUCUCCCGGCAGCUGAUGGUCGAGGCGUGUCAGGCGCACGAGGCAGCCGACAGACGAGAGGCUGUGGCAGCCCUGGCCAGAUCGGAAGCUAGGGGCGCAGAGGAGCUCGCCGUGCAACAGGCUGCUUCACAGGGUCUGAUGGAAAGCCAAUUUCUGCGACAGAGUGCUGCAGAACGGGUUGAGCAGCUGGAAGAACAGGAAGCAACAGUGAAAGCUCGUGCUGACAAAGCGGUCGCACUGGUCGAGGGUGAGGUGGAGGCACAGCUUGAUCCGAUCACCUUGCAAAGCACCAGUUUUGAGCUGUUGCGAGUUCUGACAGGCCUUGAGGCAACGUGCUUUGCCCGGCAGUGCUCGGUGUCAGAGCAGGCCUUGGCCUUGGCUCGUUGCGGAAGCAAGCAUGUGGAAGCCAUCGAUGAUGCGCCCAAAUCGUCUCGAAUUGCUUGCAAGGCCUGGCGCGGAAAUCCGCGCGGCCGUGGUCAGGAGCUUAGCCUAGCAGAGCUCCGAUACUGGCGCAAGCCGCAAUGCCGCAAGUCCCUGGUUGAAGAGGCCCUCGAAAGUGCUGCAGCUGCAGCUGCGGUUGGAGAAGUGCUGGCAACGGAGCUUGGGGAGGAGCUCCGCACCAGGCUGAGAAGCGUUCGAUCCGAGGAGAAGCAGGUGCAGCACGAAUGUGAGAAGGCACUUGAGGCCGUGCAAGGCAAAGGAACUUGUCAAGAGGAGGAGAUCUUGCUUCACAUCGAAGAAGAGGUCUUGUCCUUCGAGGUCACAGAAGAGGAGGCCGCCAGCAUGUUGCGACAACAACUGGAGCAGCAGAUCAAUGAAGCCGCCGAGCAAUGCAAAGAGCUGGCGAAGAACACAUCUGGGGCCCUACAGCAGCUUCUUGAGCUAACGCAGCAAGCGGAACAAAGUACACGCCAAGCCGAAGAAGCUGCUGAGCAGGAUGAGAAGAUGCACAGAUGUGCAGCGCAACAAUCUGAGGCUUCCGCCGAGGCCGCGGAGAAGUUGCAGCAGCGGCGAUCCCUGGCUUUGCAUGAGGAGGUCUUGGCUGCAAAGCUGAAUGCUGAGCGCAGCAUAGCCCAUGAUGAGUGGCUCGCUGGUGAAGAAGAGGAGGCUGCUCUUGCUGAAGAAGACCGUUGCAUCCGAGCCUGCUGUGAAGAGAUUGCUGCAGCAAGAUACGAGGCGGAGACUGCCAUUUCGAGCUGGCGAGCGGAGGAUGCAGUUCUUGAGGUUGAUGCUCAGGAGCUUCUCGACAAGGCUGCGGAAUUGCAGCUCGAGCAAAAUGCAAUUCAGCUUGCCAGCCGCAGCAACUCGUACACUGCCCGGUUUGUUUCGUCCGCAAAGACUGCCGCGUGGCCAUGGUCUCGGUUUGACAUGCCUGCGAGGGGUGCCGGCGCGACCCGUUGCGUUCCAAUGGGAGCUGCCAUGUUCGGGAAGCUGAUCUGGCCGACGGAGACCGUGCUCACAGAAGACCGGAGGGGCGCGAAGCUGUCGCCAGAGUCUUCGGCAGACUUGCCGCCGUCUUCAGGUUGCAGACCGACCACAUUCUCUCGCAGAUUGUCACCGGACCUCGUUGUAGCGCGACCGUUGUCUAGCAUCGCUGGCGCAUCCGCCAGCAAUGCAGUCGAGCUCGCGUGUUACUGGUCCAACAGUGUCAGGCCCUAUGCCCUGCGAGGCAGCCCGUUCCUCCGCCCUCCGGUGUCCGCCGCGCUUUGGCAUGUCGAGCUGGACCUGCAUGAAAGAGGCCUUCAAGAGGAACAGGAUGGCAACUCUGCCGACUUUGUCAUCCAGACGGCAUUGCAAGGUAUGCUGGAGCUGAGCCUGGUUUGUCACCGAGACGGUCAGAUCAUGUCGACAGGGACAGCAUGGUGUGUGGCUGCAAAAGCGAUGCCGCCUUUCGAUGGGGUUGUUGUGCCACCAUUACCGCUUUCGCCAGCUCAGGCAGAUGCAGGCUGUUUGCGAUGGAAGGCCUUGCAGCGACGACAGGCCCAAGCGAGCCAGCGGCCUCGAACAGUGAGCGCAGCAGAAGCUGAGGCCGGCGCAGUCUUCGAUGUCCCCGUGUACUCGCAGUUUCAUGUAGCUCCUGCGGCGCACAUGGAGCAAGUCGCAGGAGCAAUGACUAUAGCUCUGCCUCUUUGGCGGUGCGAGUUAAGAAAGCGUGCAGGAGCCAUCGGCAAGCCUGUGGCCAUGACCAUUCUGCCAGCUCCAAGUCUUUGCACAGACGUCGGGCCAGUCCUCAUCGAAGCCGUAUCAGCCGUGCAGGAGAACUUGACCAACAGAUCAGGAAGGGAUGUGCAGGUGGUCUCCUUGGAGGCUUGGUUGUCGCACGUGCCUCCCAAAGCGCGACUUCAGAUUUGGCUUUGCAGCGAAAGCGGUGAGGAUGACGUCUGUCGAUCUUGGGUGACAGUUUGGCACGGUAAAGAGCCUCUGAUUCGGAUGAGGGUUGAGUCGCGGAUGCUCGAAGAAUCUCGACGCUCAGAGGAGGAAACCUGCGAAGAGCUUGUCGUUGCGGCAGACGAGGUGCGGGCUGCGGCCCGUGCAGCCGUGCAUGGCUACGAAGCCAGGGAGGCAAUUGCACAGAGGACGGCUCACGAGCUGCAGGAGGAAGCUAAGCAGAAGCAGGAAGCACGAAGCCUGGACGCCGGCCACCGGUUCAAUUCAGCCGAGCUCCGUGCAGAAGCUGCUGCACGGCGUGCUUUAGAAGCCGAAGAGUCCAGCUGGAUUGCCAGGCAGAGCUACGAGCAGGAGUUGGCGAGCAUGCGCGCGCACGGCGAGAAGGAGGCCGAAGCCCGAAGCCUCCGCAUGUCUGUGACGGUGUGUGGGAAGGCACCGCCGCAACAACCUCAGCCGACGGUCGCACCAGAAGCCGGAGUGCACGUCGCAGUGCGAGAACUUCGCAAUGUCCUCCGGAAGGGACGCGACGGUGGCUUCGGCGCUUGGGCUGAGCUGGCGGCGAGCCUGAACAUGGAGGACCGGACCUCCCUCGCCGAGCUCCUCGCCGUGACGGCCGUGGUUCCACCGACUUCCCCGCCUACCGACGAGGAACGCCGGACCUACAUGGGGAGGCUGUUCCCGCAACGGGCCACGACGGAGGGGACGCCGGUGAUGGUGAAGGCAGCUCCAAGGCCGCCGCCGACCACCUCUGCCACGCCGGGACAUGGAUCUAUGACGCCCAGCUCGACGGGUCCCAGGACAUCGACGGUGGCAUCAACUACGCCGCCUCCACCGACGGGUCCCGGGAGCUCAUCGGCGGCGACCAUCCUGCAGCAGAACGUCGGGGCGCCGCCCACGGCGUGGGCACACCAGGUGAACUGGCAGCCGCCGCAGCCCACCGCGGCAAGGGACGACGACCAGGUGUCGGGCACGGUCUUCCUCGACGCCCCCACGACGUCGGCUACCAGGACUGCGGCGGCCUUCUUGGACCCGACGGAGGCGAGGGAGCCCGAGACCACGGCGUCGCCGACCAUAACGGGGUUCCCGGGUCUCGCCGCAAUGGAAGCCCAGUCGGCGAUGCCCUCUGGCACGGCCACGCCGGCAUACUACAUCGACGCGGCUGGUCAUCGGGUGAGGGCCCCGCCAGAGGGGGCACGACGACCGGCCGACGCCACUGGCAUCCAGACGCCGGCUUCGACGAUCGGCGGGGGGGGCGCCGAAGAAGUCAUCAACAUCGCCGCGUCACUGCUUCGGCAGGUGGGCCCCCGACAGGACGACGACGCCCACUCGACGGCCGGGAGCCAGACAUCGGCAGCCAGAGGGAGAUCGACGCAACGAGGCGGGCGGCCGACCAUGGACCCGCCGCCGCCUCCUCCAGUGGUCGACGCACCUCCGUCCAGGUCCAGCUUCCCGCCGCUCUCGGCGGCUUCUACGCCAUGGCAGUCCACACCGCCGAGUCCGAGGGCAUCCACCACGAGAGCGCCGACCCCCCCGGCGGUGGCGGCAGAGCGCCCGGAUUGGAUGUUCCCGCCGGGCGCAAGGCCAGCAGACCAGCCCGCCGGUUCCUCGACGAACGCCGGGCCUUCGACCACACCCAGGACGACGACACCGACGGGGGCACGAUCCAGGUCCAAGACGGCGGCGGGGUUCCGCGAGCACCUGAGCGACGAGAGGAUCCGCCAGAUAGAGAUCAACAUGACCGACGACUAUCGGCAGCACAAGCGGGCCAUGCAUCGCCGAGGCGCCCGAGCCGUCGACGACCCGCCGAAGUCGGUCAAGCACUUGCUCAGGCGGACCUUGAACGACGUGAUCGCCGAGGAGAACCUGGACAGGCAGGGCAUCGACGGGCACAAGCCGAAACCCCCGCCGACCUCGGCGCCCACCUACUGUGCAUACUGGUUCUGCUCGACGCUACCCGCCAACACACGCGGCGCCCGGAUCCCUUGGCAAAGCCAGGAGGCCGGCCGACGUGUGCUUGGUUGGUGCUCGCACCCUUGCACGUCGCCGCAUUGCCCUCAUCUCGACGACCUUUACGACGUAGACGCGCCGGGCCUAGGCCGCUGUCUACGUCCCGUCGUGGAGGGCAACGGACUGAUCUUUUGCGACGCCAGCGGGUGCCCCUGUCACCCGGCUUCGGCCAUCGGGUCGGCACCGCUGAUCGAGGCAGUCGACGGCGGCGGGGGCAGGGCGCCGGUCAUGAACCAACAAGCCGCAUCGUCGGGACCCUCCGCGACUGUUGCCGACUUCUUUCGCGACGUCGCCUCGGCAGGCGGUUCGGCCUAUAUCGCUACCUUGGCCAGGUUCGGCGCGAUCAACACGCCGGCCGUGAGGGACUCCUUCGCCGUCCUUUUGGAGAACGGCGUGCCCGAGGGCCUCUUGCUACAGAUCCUUGCGCCGGUGCCGCCGACGCAGCCAGAACCAACGGCGACCAGGCCACCCAGGCACGACGUACCGCACAGAAGGACCCUACCCCGGGCAUCAUUGACGGCGGCUUUGGAGGCCAUGGACCCCGGGCGACGCCAGGACACCCUCGCCGCCAUCGACGCCAAUCUGCUGGCAUCGUCGACCCGCCGGGCCAUGGAGUCGCGAGUGAGGACGGUGAGCGCCCUGGCCGACAGAGGCCAGUUUCCCCUCUUCCCGCUCGACGCCAACAAGCUUCACACCAUCGCCGGGGCCAUGCGGAUCGCCGGCUACAGGUCGACUGGGCUGUACCUCGACGCGGUGGUAUGGCAUCAGGAGAACACCCUCCACACGCCGGUCACCCCUGGACUCCGACGGGUGGUCAAGACCCUGACCAAGGCAGCGGCGAGGGGCCUGCCAGGGUCCAGGCUCAAACAGGCAUUCGACCUCGACGAGCUCACCAAGUUGGUCGACGACACGGCACCGUUCGGGCCCUUCAACGCCGGCUUGGUUGCUCACGCCGUCGAUGUCGUUAUCGUCGCUACUUGGUUUAUGCUGAGGGAGGUGGAGCUCGCGGCGGCCCGGGUCAGAGAUCUCGCCGUGACCUUGUCGGCGGUGUCGCUCGACAUACCCCUGCACAAAACGGCGCAGGGGGGGCAGGCCGAUCUCACACGACGCACAUUCCGGUGCGUUUGCACUUCGACGGCCCACCCACUUUGCCCAAGAUGCGCCGCACACCGCCACCUUCGGCGGAUCCAGGCAUCCGCGGCUGCGACGCCGGCCGACUUCCUGUUUCCGACCAGACCGACGGUGCAGAGAUCCAAGGCGGAGUCAGCCGAGAUGUUUCGGCUGGUGCUGGACGCCGCCGGCUUCGAGACGGUGUACCUCGACGAACAGGGCAAGCGCCGCUUGAUCUUCGGCGGCCACGCCGCCAGAGUGGCAGGUGCGACCUUCCUGGCGAUGAGGGGGGUCCCGGUCGCCGUGAUCCAGCUGCUCGGCCGAUGGGCCUCCACCGCCGUCGAACGGUAUGUUCAACAGGCACCCCUCGCCGUGGCAGCCGGCGUUCCAGCCCAGGCCUUGGCAGCGCCGAGUGCGUCGACAACGACGCCGGCCCAGCCCCUGGCGACACCGACGCCGCCGGCCAUCGUGGACUUGUUGCCGACGGGGAACGCAGCCGGGCACGCCGAUACGGCGGUGCCGGCCUCGCAGCAGAUGGUGCCCAACGUCGACUUCGCGGCAGAGGUGCCCGGCGUGGAGUUCGUGCCAGAACCCGCCAGGAUGCCAGUAGCCGACGCGAUCGGCGAUUCGGCGCCCCGGUAUGUCAUGAACUGCCGCACCAAAAUGGUGCACAAGCCGGGGGUCGACGAAGCGACGACAGAGAGGUCGGACUGGCAGGCCAAGUGUGGCUGGCCUUACGGCGUGCGACAGUUCUUUCGCCUGUCCGAGCUGCCGCCGGAUCCGGCCUUAUGCCGCAAGUGCUUCCCGACGGAAACCGUCGACGUUGAGGCACCGGAGGCGAUCGACUCGUCGUCGAGCUCCUCGUCCUCCACUAGCGGAGCGACGUCG